AUGACUGCCAGAAGACUUACCAACACCUCCACUUCUCUAGACCAGGUCGUCUCCUCUUCUAGUCCCCCGAAGUCCACGCCCACCGAGUUCAAGCGAUCGAACUCUUCCGCCAAAGAAGCAACAAAGUCCUUGCCAGUCGCAAAUCACAAAUCCGACAAGUCCGCCAUGGCAACUCAGGGAGUCACAUUCGCUUCCCAAGAGAAGCUGCCCAAGCUUCCGAUCCCGGACCUGGACAAGUCAUGUAACAAGUACCUCGCUUCUCUAAGGCCUCUACAGUCUGCAAGAGAACACGCAGAGACCGAGGCCGCUGUACACGAAUUCCUGAGAGCUGAGGGUCCUGAGCUUCAAGAAAAGCUCAAGAAGUAUGCCACUGGCAGGUCCAGUUACAUUGAACAGUUCUGUACGUUUGCGACUGCUCAUCGUCCAAACUUCAUCCGCUGA